AUGAGAUGGGACAAGAAGCAGCACAAGAAUGUCUACAUACCUUUCCCUGCAAUAAUCAAGGAAUACAAUGAACAUAUAGAGUAUGUUGAUUUAUUUGACAUGUUCAUGACUCUCUACAGAGUCAACCACAAGUGCUACUGUAGGAUAUUCUUAUGGUCGCUGAACCUUGUUGUGAACAAUGCUUCGAUAUUGUAUCGUCGUCAUGCUGAACAGAAGAAAGAACCCCAAAAGGUGCAUCCUGACCUCAUUAAGUUUACAGCAAACAGAAGUGUGGCGUUGAUUCAGGAAAUCAAGGUGCCAUCAGUGCUUGUUCAUAAUUGUUGUCAUCCAUCAAUGCAUGUUUCACCUUCAGCAUCUGCAUCAGAGAAUGACGAAGAAAAAUCAAAUAUCCCAAGAAGUGAUCUGUGCUGA